AUGUACUAAGAAAUAGAUUUUAAUGAAGCUAACAAUGUGAACGCACCAAAAACCUCAACCGAGCACAGUAAUACAAAAUCCUCUGAUUCGUAAAGAGUAAGUUAUUUUUAUUAUUAGAAAUUAUCUCAAAUGAAAUAUAAUAAUAAAGAAAAUCCCGUCAUUAUUGAUAAUAAAUACAUAUUGCUUAAUGUAAUCUAUUAAGGAAAGACUUCUACAAUCUUUGAAGGUAUUAACACUACUAAUUUAAAAGCAAUCAAUUUAUAAUUACAAUAGGCAUGUGUUGUUAGGAUGACUAUUUUAUCCAAGAGUGACAAUAGCACUAAAAUACUUUAGUACUUUAAAACUUAAUUUGAGAAUCAGUAUGAGGAGAAAUAUUAAAGUGGAAAAAUAACAUAGAACCCUUAAGAUUGUCUGGUGAGAUUGAUGGAUCAUGGAGUUUUCAUGAAUCAAUAUAAUUAUCAAGUUCUCAACAAAACUGGCCCAAGCCUAAAAUUUUGGUUCAAUUUUUGGAAAUCAAGGUUUUCCUUCGAAUGCAUAAUUUUAAUCAUUCUAAAAUCAGUAAUAAUGUUAAUAUUUUAGAUCGAUGCUCUGUAGUUAUUGCAUUCUGGAAACUUUAUUCAUGCAAAUUUAAAUAUGCAGAGUCUGUUAACAAGUCUGGAAAAUUAGAGGACACUUUCAUUAGGCAAUCUAUAAUAAGCAAUAGUAUUCAAACCAAAUUCAAAGAUAGUAUAAAAAUGUCAACAUUUAAAUAAGUAUUCAAGUUUGGGAUAGCAUCUAGGAAUAUGUAAUAAAUUACUAAUAAAAUGAUUAGAAGUUUAUCCCAAAGAUGAUUUAGAAAGUCUUCUCUAUAUUGUAAUAUAAUUAUUGACAGAUGGAGAAUUCUUUGAUUAUUAAAAAAAAUUUAAAACGAGAGCUGACAAGUUAUAAUGGUAUUUUUCAAUUAAGCAUUCAUUUCUACCUGAAAAGGUACUUAAAAAUUAUCCCCCUUGUUUUACAGACUUUGCUAAUAAGAUAAAAUUCCUAAACCCAAUGGAAUUACCAGUGAAUUAUGAUGCUUUGAAAGCUGUAUUUAAGGGAUACAAACAUUUGGAAUUUGAUUGGGUAAUUAAUUUAAUCACAAAUAUAGAGUUCUUUAAUUAAUGGAUUAAAGAAGAACAGUGGAAAAACUAGUCAAUAAGUAUCAGUAUAAAAUUUAGAAUUUAAAUCUGGAUAAGUAUCACUUGAUACAAUUAAUGAAUCAUUAAAUGAAUAAGUCAUUGAUUUACAUCAUCGUUUAGUUAAAACUCAAAAACAUAUUGGAGAUCAUUGUGAUUACAAUCCAGAAACUUAAGAAUCUGAUGGGGAAAUCUCUUUUGAAGAAGAAUCAACCGAUAAAAGUUAUGUUUACUGCUUCAAAUGAC